AUGACGGAAGACUCGCCCGAAUCGGGCGCCGAGAGGGCUCGCGGAGAUGGAGACACCGACUCGGGCCCGGAGCUUGUCAAUGUCGAGCCGCGGCCUGACGAGUCCGAGGAGAGCGACGACAGCGGCGAGGGCGACGCCAUAGCAGAGGGCGACGAGUCUGAAGACGAUGACGAGACCGACGACGAGGAGGAUGAGCCCAAGCUCAAGUACGCACGCCUCACGCAGCAUCUCAGCUCCGUGUACCGCAAUGGCGACAUGACCAGCGCUUUUAUUGUCGCCGGUGACAAGAUGAUCGUCGGGACGCAUGGCGGCAACAUUCACGUCACACAGCUACCCACGUUCCAGUCUCUUCGAGUCUACCAUGCGCACUCAGCCUCGGCAACGAGCCUUUCGAUAUCUCCUUACCCCCCACCACUGCCGCCCACGACGCUCAAGUCUGAAGUGGCAACCAGGGCCAUAUCUUUGUCCAUGAACCAGCGACCUGCCUCGAGGCAAUCGCAGAAGCCUACAGCGGGCACUACUCAGCGCAAGCCACGCGAGCCAGAUCCGUUGCCAAACAUCCCAUCAAACAAUAUCUUUAUCGGCACCUCGUCCAUGGAUGGAAAUGUCUGUGUGCAAUCGCUCCUAGAUGUGAAGGACGUGUCCCUGCGUAAUUUCGCUCGCCCUGUCCAGGCCGUUGCCCUGUCUCCUGAUUAUAAGAAUGACAGGACGUACCUGUCGGGUGGACAGGCAGGGAGCCUUGUCUUGACCGUCAGUCCCCCUCAGGGUCGAAGCACGUCAACUAUCGUGAGCACAACUGCCGCGGCGUCGGGCUGGCUUGGCAGCAUGGGUUUGGGUGCCAACACUGGGAAGGACACUGUCCUCCACACUGGAGAAGGCAUCAUCAGUACCAUCAAAUGGUCGCUGUCAGGGAAGUAUGUCGUGUGGUUGAAUGAGCACGGCAUCAAGAUCAUGCGAUCAAACCUCCAUCUCGAGUCGGCCAACGCAGAGGAUGCCUGGAAACGCAUAGGUCACAUUGACAGGCCACAGACGGACGAGUGGGAAGAGAUGGCCGGCGUAUGGAAAGGGCGGGCGGAGUGGAUCGACGAACAGGCCGUUGAGACGGACGAAGAAGGCGCAGCUCCCGAGCCUAUGUCAGCUCCGUCGCCCGCCGCCGCCAAGCUGAAGCAUCUCUCGACGAAAAGCGAGAGAAAGUUUGAGAGAUUACUAAUAGGCUGGGGCGGCACCAUAUGGAUUAUCCACGUGCAUCCAGGAGGUGUUGGGGUGGGACGGAACGCGGGCGAGAAAUUGAUCGGCAAAGCGGAGAUCGCAAAGAAGCUUCGGAUGGAUUGCAUUAUUUCCGGCAUUUCGUUAUAUACCCAGAGUUUGCUUCUUGUUUUAGCAUAUUGUAAGCCGGAUAAUGACGAGGACGAGGACGACGAUAUCAAGAAACACGUCAAAGGGCACAAGUCGAAGCUAUCGACAACUUCAACGGGCAGUGAGCCUUCGGGAGGCAUACGGCGGCGUCAGAAUGCUCUGGCACCAGAGCUGCGGUUAAUUGACCUGGAUUCCCAGGUCGAAAUCGACAAGGACAGCUUAACCCUCAGCCGUUUUGAACGGCUGUCCUCCAACGACUAUCAUCUUGCAGUCUUGCCUGCGAACAAUGCGGCGUCAGUCGUCGAAUCAAGAGGUGUCUUGGAAGCAAUGGCUGGUUUCGGUACAGAGGUUUGGAAUGCCGCGAUAAACCCCAAAUCUCUGUUCAGCUCGGGAGCAAGUAUCAAGAGCAAAGACAGCAAUGAUGCUGCAUCAAGUACCAAGGUCGGUAGCACGUCCGGCAGCGUCCGUGUACCCCCGCGAUCUACACCCCAAACCGUACAUCCCAACCUGGUCAAACCUGGAGCCAAGAUUUUCAUUCACAGCCCAUACGACUGCAUUUUAGCCACCAAAAGAGACCUUGGUGAUCAUCUGGCAUGGCUAUUGGAGCAACAUCGUUAUGAGGACGCUUGGGCUCUCCUCAAUGAGCAUCCUGAGAUUGUGGCCUCCCCUCCCGAUAGGCUUUCUGAAGUACUUCCUGCAACACCAAGCAAAUCACAGCAUAGCAGUGACGGUUUCUAUGAAGACUCUGCUUCGAUCAUCGAGGGCCAGCACCGCCCUCCACACUCCUCGGCCGAAAUAGAGAAACAGCGAAUCGGAGAGUUGUGGAUUCAGGAGCUAGUUGAAGCUGACGAUUGGGAUCGUGCCGGCAAGAUCGCAUCUCAGGUGCUCAACACGCCUAGUAGCUGGGAGAAGUGGGUAUAUACAUUUGCAGGCGCCAAAAAGUUCGAUCAAAUCGUCAGCUUCGUUCCUUCAGAGCCAAUGCACCCGCCAAUCCCAGGGACUGUUUACGAAAUCCUACUUGGUCACUACCUUCAAACAGACAAGCCGAGGUUCAAGGACCUGCUAGACCGCUGGGAUGUGGAGCUUUUUGAUAUUCACACCAUCGCCACUGCGCUCGAGGACCAAUUAAAGUACCGCGAUGUCCGGGAGGACAGCAUCGAAGAUGGCGAGAAAGGCAGGGACUGGCGAAUCGUAAUGGAGUCACUUGCCCAACUCAACGAAUCGAACGGCAAGUUUAGAGAUGCCCUGAGAUGUUACAUCAAACUUCAGGAUGCGGACGCAGCAAUGCGUUUGAUAAGAGACAACCACUUGGCCGAUGCCGUUACGGAUGAUGUUCCAAGCUUCAUUGCGCUUAGGGUGCCAGAGGCCGAGCUGAACAAGAUGUCGAUCCCUGAGCUAGAUGAAGCAACUUCGGAGGCCAUCACGCUCCUUGUGGAGGAAGCACAACGAGGGCUCAUCAAACCCGAGAUUGUCAUACGCCAACUCGAAAAGAAGGAGCUCAGCCUCUACUUGUACUUCUACUUGCGCGGACUGUGGAGGGCAUAUCGCGAACGAGAAGGCGACGACUCAAUCUGCCUUAUCGACGAGUCCGCGGAUCUGGCAGUCCGAAUGUUCGCAAUGUUUGACCAAGAUCUGCUGAUGGACUUGCUCAAAGUCUCGACAAGCUAUACUUUUGAAAAGGCAGUGCAGGAGUGCGAAAGUCACAACUACGUUCCUGAACUCGUAUAUCUGUAUUCAGUCACUGGGCAGAUGAAGCGAGCAUUAUAUCUCAUCAUCGACAGACUUGGCGAUGUGUCGCAAGCCAUCUCUUUUGCAAAAGAGCAGGAUGACCCAGAUUUGUGGGAAGAUUUACUUAAUUACAGUAUGGACAAGCCACGGUUCAUCCGCGGGCUACUGGAAGAAGUCGGCACGGCCAUCAACCCAAUAACUCUUAUCAGGCGCAUUCCGGAAGGACUAGAGAUCCCUGGCCUGAGAGAGGGCUUAAAGCAUAUCAUGAAGGAGCAUGAGAUUCAAUACAGCAUUUCCUCCGGCGUGGCACGCGUCCUUCGCUCUGAAGUUGCUGCAGCACAGAAUAUGCUACGGAUGGGCCAGAGGAAAGGUGUCAAGUUUGAGGUUGCCGUAAAAGCAGCAGAUCACGUCGACGUCGAGGUCAAGGAGGUGCCCACUAUUACCACAAUUGCGAAGUCGCAGUCUGGGAAAACAACUGGGGCCAAUACGCCGACGGAGCCGGAUGUUGUGGAUCCAGCUACGGAGCACGUCGUGACCGGCGGCUCCAAAUUACAACAGCCGGAUCACGACCACCGUGCCCCACAGCCGGGUCACUGCGCUAAGUGUCAUGAACCGUUCACGGAUUGGGAGACAGAGACACUCGUCGGCUUUGCCUGCGGUCAUGUGUUCCACGUGAGCCACUUGUUACAAUAUCUUGACCCGGGGCAAGAGCCCGAUCCGAGUAUCGUAGGCUAUGGGAAUGGAGACGAUAGAACCAGAGGUGGUCGCUUCAUAGGGAGCAAAGUUACCCAUGCAAGGUUGUUGAGGGACAAGGUCGCAGCCGGAUGUCCCGUCUGCCGUAGGAAGAGGGAGGUAGUCGAAGGGAGCAGUCUGGGGUAG